AUGAAUGUGAUCGAUCAUGUGCGGGAUAUGGCAGCGGCCGGACUGCACUCUAAUGUCCGGAUCAUCAGUAGUUUACUCCUGACCAUGAGCACCAACAACCCAGAGCUGUUCUCCCCGUCUCAGAAGUACCAGCUGCUGGUGUAUCAUGCUGAUGCCAUCUUCCAUGAUAAAGAGUACAGGAACGCGGCCUGCAAGUACAACAUGGCUCUACAGCAGAAGAAGAUGCUCAGCAAGACAUCUAAAGUUCGUCCCUCCAGCACAGGCAGCACAACAUCUGCGGUGCAGGCACAGAACUUGCCAUCAGAGAUUGAAGUGAAAUACAAGAUCGCAGAGUGUUACACUAUUCUGAAGCUGGAUAAAGAUGCCAUUUCUGUGCUGGAUGGGAUUCCUUCACGCCAGAGGACGCCAAAGAUCAACAUGAUGCUGGCAAAUCUGUACAGAAAGGCCGGUCAGGAGCGGUCAGCGGUUACGAGCUAUAAGGAGGUGUUGAGACAGUGUCCUCUGGCUCUCGAUGCCAUCAUUGGUCUUCUGUCUCUGUCAGUGAAGGGAGCUGAAGUGGCCUCAAUGACCAUGGACGUGAUUCAGAGUAUCCCCAAUCUGGACUGGCUCUCUGUCUGGAUCAAAGCACAUGCCUUCAUUCAUGGAGGAGACAAUCAGAGAGCCAUCAACACUAUCUGCUCUUUAGAGAAGAAGUCUCUGUUAAGGGACAAUGUUGAUCUUCUAGUCACCCUGGCGGAUGUGUAUUUCCGAGCCGGAGACACCAAGAACUCCAUCUUGAAGUUUGAGCAAGCUCAGAUGCUGGACCCGUACCUCAUCAAAGGUAUGGACGUAUACGGCUAUCUCAUGGCCAGAGAGGGUCAUCUGGAAGAUGUGGAGGUUUUAGGAGGACGUCUGUUCAACAUCUCUGACCAGCAUGCUGAGCCCUGGGUCAUAUCCGGAUGUCACAGUUUCUACAGUAAGCGUUACUCACGCGCUCUGUAUCUGGGAGCUAAAGCCAUCCAGCUGAACAGUAACAGUGUGCAGGCGCUGCUCCUGAAGGGGGUCGCGCUGAGGAACAUGGGCCGCGUGCAGGAGGCCAUCAUUCACUUCAGAGAGGCCAUGAGACUCGCACCCUGCAGACUCGACUGCUACGAAGGUCUGAUCGACUGCUAUCUAGCGUCUAAUGGCAUCCGUGAGGCGAUGGGGAUGGCCAACAAUAUUUAUAAGACUCUGGGAGCAAACGCUCAGACUUUGACUAUUCUGGCUACUGUGUGUCUGGAAGACCCCAUGACCCAGGAGAAAGCCAAGACUCUGCUGGACAAAGCCCUCGCACAGCGGCCCGACUACAUCAAAGCUGUGGUCAAGAAAGCAGAGCUGCUCAGUCGAGAACAGAAGUAUGAGGAAGGAAUUGCUCUUCUGCGAAACACGUUAGCCAAUCAGAGCGACUGUGUGCUGCACAGAAUGCUGGGAGAUUUUCUGGUUGCUGUUAAUGACUAUCAGGAAGCGAUGGACCAGUACAGUAUAGCACUGAGCCUGGACCCCAAUGACCAGAAGUCACUAGAGGGGAUGCAGAAGAUGGAGAAAGAGGAGAGUCCCACAGACGCCACGGUGGAGCUGGACGGAGACGACAUGGAGGGCAGCGGCGAGGAAGGAGAUCUGGAGGGCAGCGACAGCGAGGCGGCGCAGUGGGCAGAUCAGGAGCAGUGGUUCGGCAUGCAGUGA